AAAAGCGAAUAGUUGCAAAGCUGAGGGGAAGACGAAGUGGCGUGAGGGGAGCAGAGAGGGAAGACAAUGGCGCCUUCUUCGUCGAGCGGUCUCACGUUCAAGCUACAUCCUCUUGUGAUCGUUAACAUAUCGGAUCACUACACUAGGGUUAAAACUCAGCUCAAUCCUCCGCCGUCGGUCGCCGCCGCAAGCGGCAAUGGUCACGGCGGCGAUGUCGCGUUCCAACAGAACCCUAGGGUUUACGGUUGCGUGAUCGGCGUCCAGAGAGGUCGAACGGUUGAGAUCUUCAACAGCUUUGAGCUUCUAUACGAUCCUAUUACUGACAUCCUCGACAGAUCCUUCCUAGAGAAGAAGCAAGAGCUCUACAAGAAGGUCUUCCCUCACUUUUAUAUUUUGGGAUGGUACUCCACUGGAAGUGACGCUCAGGAAUCUGAUAUGCAUAUCCACAAAGCUCUGAUGGACAUUAACGAAUCACCUGUUUAUGUCCUUCUAAACCCAUCGAUCAAUCACGCACAGAAGGAUCUCCCUGUGACUAUAUAUGAAAGCGAAUUGCAUGUCAUUGAUGGAGUUCCUCAGCUGAUUUUCGUCCAUGCGAGCUACACCAUCGAGACAGUGGAGGCUGAACGGAUAUCGGUUGAUCAUGUUGCUCAUCUCAAACCAUCUGAUGGAGGCUCAGCAGCGACCCAAUUGGCUGCUCAUCUUACGGGCAUACAUAGUGCCAUCAAGAUGCUAAAUAGCAGAAUCAGAGUGCUCUAUCAGUAUCUUGUUGCGAUGCAGAAAGGCGAUAUUCCAUGUGAGAACUCGCUUCUUAGACAAGUAUCCAGUCUGCUCAGAAGGUUGCCUGCUAUUGAAUCAGAAAGGUUUCAAGAUGAUUUCUUGAUGGAGUACAACGACAAAUUACUGAUAACUUACCUUGCAAUGUUCACGAAUUGUUCCAGCACGAUGAAUGAGCUCGUGGACAAAUUCAACACUGCAUAUGACAGACAUACCCGAAGAGGCGGCAGGACUGCGUUCAUCUAAAUUCCUUCCACAAACCAAAAAACCUUUACGAGGUUUGAGAACUCAGACAGAUGUUUGAGGUAGUUCUCUUGUCUUUGUUAUGCUCUGCUUUGAUGAAAUCUCUGUUGGGACAAAAAGGUAUGAACUGGUAGUAGUAGAGAGGGAAGAAUGUCUGAAAAUCUUGGGAUUUUACAUGUUAUUUCAUGGGUCAGAUUUCUUGAAAA